AGGAUCGCCAGGGAGGACCAUGGCCUUCGGAUAAUGGUGUUAUCUACAGUCGAGCAUAUAAAUGAGUACUAUCCGAGAUUCCGGUUAAGUUAUCAGAUUAGAUGGACAUGGAGAAGUCGCUGUGCCAGUGUAACCAACAAAGAAAACAAUUCAAUCAUCAACUUCUUAAGACCAGGAGGUCGACAAGUGAUAAAGAGACAUAUCAACUGGAACCAAGGAUUUUCUUUUUCUGAGCCUAUUCUCCUUUCCAGAUCGACAAGCAACUGUGUUUUUCCUGGCUACGGUAUGAGGACAUUGUGCGAGCUUGCAUCCGAUGCAGACUUCGACAGUGAUCGUCACUGGAAUCGUUGUGGAAACAUUAUGGACUAUUUCGCAUGUUACUUGACAGGCUCCGACAAAGUGUUCAUGAGUGAGGCUAACGCAUACUGUUGGGGAUACUCGACAGGACUACGGUGGAACUCGGAAAUCUUACCGUUCACACCGAAAUGGAUCAAAUUGCCAGAAAUAGUGCGCACAGAUGUUGGUACCGGUGUUCCGAUUGGCGUGGCGAUAGCUGACCUUCACGGGUCCAUCACAUCUGUUCGUGGGAAUAUAAUCAUUGGUACCUCGAGCCAGCUGUGUUUCGUUCUUUCAAAUUCCCUGUCGCUCCCGACGAUGCCAAUAACUACUCAUAUCUUCCCGUUCACAGAGGGACUUACAUUGCUAGCAGCCGCAUCGAUGAACGGCGGAAACACAUUGGAUGCAUUUAUCAGUGUAUCUUCGUCCCAACUAAAAAAUAACACACAAGCAAGCGUGCCCGAAGUGAAGCCUUUAUUCACCGCUGAGCGAGGCUCUCAGGAUACAGGAGUGGAGAUUCAUGGCCUCAAACCGGACACAACAUUAAUACAGGCUCUUGUGCAGAAUCUGUUUGCCUUAGUGCCGACCGAUUUACUCACGUCCUACGGUGUUAAGAAAUUGUUCCUAGUUGGCAGUGCUAAGAAGGAUCGCUUUCGAGUGCACAUUGAACGAUACCUGCAGAAACAUCGAAUCGCAGAUCAGAUAGAGCUGAUAUAUGCUGAGACCGACACGUCUGCGGCAUAUGGUGUAGCCCUGUGA